CUGUGGCCAGGCGUGGGCGCGCGCGGGGCCGCGGCGGGCACGGAGCGUCAGCCUCGUCGCUUCAGUCCCGGGCACCCUCGGCGGCCGCGCCUCCCGCCCUGCGUCCUCCGGUCCGGCUCCGCGCCACCAUGCCCGCGGUGGACAAGCUCCUGUUGGAGGAGGCGUUGCAGGACAGCCCCCAGACUCGCUCUUUACUGAGUGUUUUUGAAGAAGAUGCUGGCACCCUCACGGAUUAUACCAACCAGCUGCUCCAGGCAAUGCAGCGCGUCUACGGAGCCCAGAAUGAGAUGUGCCUGGCCACUCAACAGCUUUCUAAGCAGCUGCUGGCAUAUGAAAAACAGAAUUUUGCUCUUGGCAAAGGCGACGAAGAAGUAAUUUCUACACUCCACUAUUUUUCCAAAGUGGUAGAUGAGCUUAAUGUUCUUCAUACAGAGCUGGCUAAACAGUUGGCAGACACAAUGGUUCUACCUAUUAUACAGUUUCGAGAAAAGGAUCUCACAGAAGUAAGCACUUUAAAGGAUCUUUUUGGACUCGCCAGUAAUGAGCAUGACCUCUCGAUGGCAAAAUAUAGCAGGCUUCCAAAAAAAAAGGAGAAUGAAAAGGUGAAGACCGAUGUUGUGAAGGAGGUGGCGGCUGCGCGUCGGAAACAGCACCUUUCUUCCCUUCAGUACUACUGUGCCCUCAACGCGCUGCAGUACAGAAAGCGCGUGGCCAUGAUGGAGCCCAUGAUAGGCUUCGCCCACGGACAGAUUAACUUUUUCAAGAAGGGAGCAGAGAUGUUUUCCCAAAGCAUGGACAGCUUUUUAUCCUCCGUAGCAGACAUGGUUCAAAGCAUUCAGGUGGAACUAGAAGCCGAAGCGGAAAAGAUGCGGGUGUCGCAGCAAGAACUGCUUUCUGUCGAGGAGUCUGUUUACGCCCCAGACUUUGAUGUGGCUGCACCACAGAUCAACAGGAACCUCAUCCAGAAGGCUGGUUACCUGAAUCUUAGAAAUAAAACAGGGUUGGUCACCACCACCUGGGAGCGGCUUUACUUCUUCACGCAAGGCGGGAACCUCAUGUGUCAACCCCGGGGAGCUGUUGCCGGUGGCCUGAUCCAGGACCUGGACAACUGCUCGGUGAUGGCAGUGGAUUGUGAAGACCGACGAUACUGCUUCCAGAUCACCACUCCCAAUGGAAAAUCGGGAAUAAUCCUCCAGGCAGAAAGCAGAAAGGAAAACGAAGAGUGGAUCUGCGCCAUAAACAACAUCUCCAGACAGAUCUACCUGACUGACAACCCAGAGGCAGUCGCCAUCAAGUUGAAUCAGACGGCUCUCCAAGCAGUGACCCCCAUUAUGAGUUUUGGGAAAAAACCAGAAAGCUCGUGCCCCAGUCAGAACCUGAGAAAUGCAGAGACAGAAGAUGACAAGAUUGUGUCCCAAGCAGCCGUCCGUGCCGACGACGCCGAUGAGCUCAUCGCACCGGGAACACCUAUCCAGUUUGAUAUCGUCCUUCCUGCCACAGAAUUCCUGGACCAGAACCGAGGGAGCAGGCGCAUCAACCCUUUUGGUGAAACUGAGGAUGAGACCUUUCCAGAAGCAGAAGAUUCCCUUUUGCAGCAGAUGUUUGUAGUUCGGUUUUUGGGCUCGAUGGCAGUCAAAACAGACAACACUACUGAAGUGAUUUACGAAGCAAUGAGACAAGUAUUGGCCGCUCGGGCAAUUCACAACAUCUUCCGUACGACAGAGUCCCAUCUGAUGGUCACCAGUCAGACUCUGAGGUUGAUAGAUCCUCAGACUCAAGUAACAAGGGCCAAUUUUGAGCUCACCAGCAUCACCCAGUUUGCUGCCCAUCAAGAAAACAAGAGACUAGUCGGCUUUGUGGUCCGCACGCCCGAAUCCACAGGUGGACAGUCUCUGAGUACAUAUGUUUUUGAAAGCAACUCAGAAGGCGAAAAGAUAUGUUAUGCUAUUAAUUUGGGAAAAGAAAUCAUUGCGGUUCAGAAGGAUCCAGAAGCAUUGGCUCAAUUAAUGCUGUCCAUACCACUAACCAAUGAUGGAAAAUAUGUACUGUUAAACGAUCAACCAGAUGACAAUGAUGGAAGUCCAAAUGAAAACAGAGGCGCAGAAUCUGAAGCAUAACUCUCUUGGGCCUUUGGGGAAAGAGCACCCAGGAAGGAGAGCUACCUCCUUAAGGGUUUUCAACUUCUCUGACAUACAGGCCCACGACCUGGUUUCAGAACGCUGACAAUCACUUGUGGAAUGUACUCUUGAUGCCUUGAUACUGAGACUUGGGAGGGAAACAGUGAGAAAUGGUUGACAACAUUCCUACCCAUCUACAAAUGUUACUUUAGGUGCUUUGUGGUAAGUCGUCUUCUUAGAUUGUACUGUUCAGCGCUCACAAUGAAAGUUCCUGAAAAAAUGCAUUGUUCACUUUAUUCAAAUGUCAUCUCUUUAGUCUCCAAGUACCCUUUUUAAAAAACGAUAAAAGCCUAGAUUUAUAAUUUGAUAAACACUAAAUAUUUCCUAUUAAUAUAAUCUAUUUUUAUAUUUUCCUUAAUGAGCUUUAAGUGCCUGUCAUUCCGAAAGUUGUGUAUUUAUAAUCAGGCUUGUCUCACAGUCGGACCUACCAGCAUCAGUUUGUGCAGUUAGGUGGCGAGCCCCGCUUAGAGGGCCUGAGCGUUAGCAAAAAUGCAGGUCUAGUUGUGAUCAUUUUUCUCAGACAUCAUGCAAUAAAAAGACUAGCAGACCAGCACCACACAAGACGUUCAGUUUUACAUGGGAACCUUGAUGAACCAGCAUUCAGAAGUUUACGGUCCUUCAGGCAUGGUUUUAGUGGUGGAUCACUACAGACCGUGUGAAGCUCUACCAGUUCCUGAUUCUUCUGAGCCAGACCCUCCUCAAGGAAGGGACCAAUUAAUUUUAAAACUCACUUGAAUGAAAGCACGGCUGGUUGCGGGGCUUGGUAUAAAAAUCCUAUUCCACCCCUACCUAUGAAGUAUGAUGAUCCUGAAUUGGCACCAUGUGUUUAAUUAUAACCAAUUUCAACAGAAUACCGUUGUCUUUGUAAUAAAUUAACCUAGCAACAAAUGCUAGCAAAUAAAAACUACCAUUCUGUUUCUUUC